GGACAGGUCCGCGGGACAGUUUUUAAAUCAUUUCCUCAAUUGUUUAAUGUUGGGGAAGGCGAGGUUGGGAGGCAGGUCCGGGACCUCUCGGGCCUGCCUGGUCACGCUGGGUCUGGUCUUUGUGGCGAGAGUAGCAGCCUCGCCACCAGCAGGAAAUUCCUCACCCUUGUGUCAGGCCGCUGCUGCUGCUGCUUCCUGAGACAACAAAAGUUUAGUUCAUUUAUUAUGCACGGCGCCCGUCCUGUGGGCUGGCAGAAGGUCUUCUGGUGUGGGAGUGGCAGAAGGGUCACACAAGGGUUCACCAGCCGGGUUUCCUUACAUAGGACACCAAGCAGGCAAUUGCAAAAACAAAUAAUAAUAAGUACAGUAGAGAUUGGUGGUUGAAUGAUGCGGGACUUGUACAAUGCUCUACCACUACCAGAUGACCGACCGAUUAUGUCUGUGUGCGUUGUGGAGGAGCUGUCUGGAUGUCCUCCAAACUACACACCAGUAUCCAAAACCCAUGACCAAGAUAUAGAUGCAGAUCUUUAUAAAGAUGGAUUUUUCCGGAGGGUGACUCGUUACUUGUGUCACAGCAAGACUGAAGGCUACAUGGGGUAUGUUGUGGAGCACCUGGCUAUUGUCAAUGAUCGAGAUGCAAGGCCCGUAGGAUACACCAUUGUAGAGCAAACAUUUGAUACGAAUCAGAAGGCAUUCAAGAAGAAGCAGCUGUGUUACAAACAAGUACCACGUAACAUGGCAACACAAACCAUUACAGAUAUUAUAAUCUUAAGUCGCUCCAAGGUGGCACCUGAAGGAUUCUCACUUGUUGGAGAGAUGAAUGGCUUGUGUGUAUGCAUCAAGCCUGGACCUGCACCCACUCCACAGUAUAAGCCUCCUGCACAGGCUUCAUCACCACUUCUCUAUGGUGUGGAUCCCAGUGGCAGAGGAAGUAGUGGAGGUGGUGGUGGGGGAGGGGGAGGAGGUCUGUACCCUGGCUUAGGCCCAACCAGACCUGCUCCAGCUCCACCUGGUGCUGGGUCCGGCCGGCCCCAGGGUCCUGCUCCCCCACUACCCCCUCGUAACCUGCCCUCCUACGCUUCCCCAACCCAUGAGAGUCAAAACAUUAACACACUGUAUGGCACUGGACACUCAACUUUAUUCGGUGUGCCAUUCGUCCUAAACAAGAAGUAUGUGAAAUCCUCUGAUAAUGGAUCAGUAACCUUGCCAACAAUUAGCAAGAAGAGCAGACAACAAAUUGAAGAUGAGUACUACUACAGCUUCACCCUGGAGCAGGACAUUGUGCAGCGACCCACAACCACAUGAAAAGGAUCACAACUAUAGACUUAUCUUACUAUAUACUUCCAUCGUAUUCUCUCUCUUCUAGCAUUUAUACUCUUAACUGAUUUACCAUGUUGUUUGUAGAAGUUAUUCACUCAAAUCCUUACUGAUUGUUCAAGGUUUGCAAGCUUAUUAUUUAUUCCAAAUUUUGUUUUUAUCUUUCUUUCUGUCUUCCUCUUAUAACUUAUAUUUGCUAUUACAUCUUAGAUGAAGGGAUAUAACUGCCAGUCACAGUAGCUGUCAAAUUACCUUCAGAGAUUGAUGUUUUAAAACAUUUAUGUAAUGGAUAUGAAAGACAAAGUGAUUGUGUAACAUCUUCAGAUUGCUGCCAAAAAAUGAGUUGUACAAAAGUGUGGUGGACGGCAAGAUCAAGAUGAAUAUUUAUGACAUGUUCAGCAAGGUCUUGUUAGUAAGGAACUAUCAGUUCCUAGAAGAGGUAUAAAUUGCAAUAAUGGCUAUUAUUAUUAUUAUUAUUAUUAAAGCAACAUUUAGGUCAUAUUUUAUACUUUUGUGUUAUUUUAACUAUUAUGUUUUGGCCCUUGUAAUAUAUAGCACAUCAUUGAACCUUUCCAGAACAUGAAGAAAGAACAAUUAAUUUAAGGUGUAAAGGUUUGUAAAAUCAAUUGUUUGUUUUAGAUAACGUUGUCACUGAAGGGUUAUACACUUGCUCCUCUUCCUUACAUUUCAUAUUGUUAUUCUGUAGAGAAUAUGUCUAUAAUUUGGUUAAUGAUCAAAUUGCACAUUAUCAGUAAGAAUGUUAAUUACAAGAUAACUGUAAGCAGGACUGUGUGCUGGCUAGUAUAGCCAGUGUUUACGUAUUUCAACGUGUAAGCAUGUAGAAAAAUGUAGUAAAACUUUUAUUAGCAGUUUCCUAAAUGCUGAUUAAAAUUUUUGAAUGCUCUACAAUAAAUUGUAUUUAGUCAUGAAAUUAGAUUUGUAGUUAGUUUACCCUGAUUAGAAUAGUUUAUAUUCUACAUACUGACAUCUACUGUAAAUGAGGUUUUCUGAACCUGCAUAAAAUGACCUGAUCAUUUAUGUAAAAUAUCAAUGCUUUGAAAUCACAAAAAGUUAAUUUUUUAUUAGCAAUCUGAUAGUGGCCCUUAUUCCUUUCCUCUGCUUGAUCCUUGCGUUUAUUUCCUACAAAGCCAAUAUUUGUUACAUUUAAAGAGAGAGAGAGGGUUUACUAAAAUAAACAUCAAAACACAGUAUUAGCACUGUGAACAUUUUAACCGAUUCAUUUUUUGGAGCCUAGAAAAUAAAUAAAUAUACCAGCAAUGUGUACAUUCCUGUACAGUGUAUGUGAAUGCAAAAACAAACAUGUAUAUUUAUGUACACAUUCAUUAAAUCCAUUUUGAGUAACCUUACUAUACACAUCUAACUUUUGUGUAGUUAGCUACUCGAUAUAAAACUAGAUAAAAUUUUAGAAUCUAUAAUUUGAGCACAGUAAUGUGUGCUUUGACGUGACUGGUAUGUACACCAGUAAAUUGUAAAUCAUGAAAAAGCUGCCAAAUAAUUAAGUUAUUUAAUCCUUGCUCAAGGUAACCCAGGAAUUCCACGAAUAUAUCGGGACAUUAGAACUUGUUUUUGCCAUUUGUUGUAUAGUGAUUGUUUUUGUAUAACUAUGAGAAGUACAGUACACUUCAUACUGUAGUCAAUUGGCACAUGUAGACAAUUGAUGCACCAUGUUUAAAAAACCAUCCUAAGUGGCUUAUUCUUUGUUUCCAAACUCAUUAACUGGUCUACACGUAGUGAUUUCAUUUAAACACCUGUCAAUGGGGAUUUCGUCCAAACACCCAUCACGGUGGAUUUCAUCCAAACACCCAUCACGGUGCAUUUCAUCCAAACGCCAAUCAUAGUAGAUUUCAUUCAAAAAACCAUCACGGUGAAUUUCAUCCGAAAACCUGUCAUGGUGGAUUUCAUCCAAAAGCCCUUCAUGGUGGAUUUCAUCCAAAAGCCCUUCACGGUGGAUUUCAUCCAAACCCUCAUCAUGAUAGAUUUCAUCCAAACAUCAGUGGAUUUCAUUCAAACACAUUUUCACUCAAAUAUUAGCAUGUUAACUUUAUUUAUAAAGCUUUUGUGAACUUCACUUUUUUUUUUUUGUUACUCAGUUUCACGUAAAUUGUCCUACAAUGUUAGUUUGUGUGUUCUACAAAAUUACUGUUUAGAUAUUUAGUUUUUGUUGUACAGUAUAAUUUAGUACAGAUUUUUUUGUCAUUGGUUGACAAAAAAAUGCUUUUUGUCAACCAUUUUUGUCUUCUAUAUUAUUCAACAGUUGCAAUAUUUUUGACAAGAUUGGUUAACAGUAACAGUAAAUUCUUUGUCCUUAUGGUAAUUCAUUAUUUCUGUAUACACCUCUAUUAUUUUUUUUCCUGUUCCUAAAGUCAGUACAGUACAGUAUUUGUCAUGCCGAAUAGUUUAAUUUAUUGUUUGGGCAUCUAGGAAAUUUCACAUUUGCCUUCCAAAGAAAUAAUUAACACUAGUAUUAAAUUUUGAGGCAAUGAGUUGUAGUGUAUAACAUUUUUUCACAAAACUAUUGUCAAUUUCAGGUUACUAAACUACAUUAGUAUUGUUUAAUGAUCAAGUGCAAAUUAUGCUGCAUUUUAUGAAUCACUGUAAUUGGUGCUUAAUCUGCUGAGUAAUUGCAUAAUAGCAUCAUCAAAAUUGUCAGAAUUGGCUUUCAAACUAAAGGUACAGUCUGCAAAUGUUUUGAAUAUAUACAGUACUCAUGCAAGUGUCUAGGGUUAAUAUUCUUAAUUUUUAUUUCUGCUUUAAACUACAGUAAAUCACAUGAUCUCACUCUGUGCAAGAUUCUUUUAUUAAAGUAAAUGCACACAAUAUAAAUGAAGCCAUUUAAUACAAAUGCAUCUGUGUUUAAGGAAAUGUAACUAAGAGUGCUUGGUGGGCCAUUCUGUGAGUAGAGUAGGUUUACAAUAAUUGCAGUCACUGAAGGAUAUAUACCAGUAUACAUUUUGUGUACACUUUUGAGUAGUGGAUGCAUAGAUAUAUAUUUUAGCUGCUGUCAGGCAUAUUGUGCAUGCUUCACUCUGUUGGGAUUCAACAAAUAAAUGGGUUUUAAGUGUAUUGAAAGGGCACAGGUAUUUACUCUUGUUAUUGUUUGAUUGAUAGAGAUGUGUGUGUGUGUAUUGAGAGUUCACAGUAACAGUUACUCAAUAUGUUUAUGCAAAAGGUAAAUACUUGUUGGAAUGCGGUGCUGUGAAGUGCAAAUUCUUGACAUUUGUAUUUUUAAGGAAACAGUUGACAAGAUUCAGUGCUGCCAAGAGAAAAUUGGAUUGCUAUUGAUACAAGGCAUAUUUGAUAUUUUUUAAAUGGGGUAGCUUUUUUUUCAAUUGCACAUUGGUUGGUAAAAGGUGAUAAAUGACGGUACAGUAUAUGUGCUUGAAAGUUUUGUGUGUUCAUAUCCGAGUGGCGACUCAAAAAGGGUUGUCAGUCUGUCAAUUAUGAAAUAGUGCAAUAGAAGGGUAGUUUAUUGAAGUAGAGGUAAGUUUAGUGUUGUAGAGGAAGUAUGACUAAAGUUUUUCACAAUUUUACAAAUUUGAGUAAUUGCCAUUGCAUGUAGAGGAUUAUCCCCCAUACUAAGAAGAGACUUGCAGGUGGCCAUGUGUGUGUGUGAAUAAUGAACUGGUUCCUCUGCAAACUUCUUUAUUUUUUUUAUUUAAUGUAAAGGACUUUGCCAUUUUUAUUGAUUUAUAAGUUCAAAUAUUACUUUUGUACGGAACUUAAUGAAUUUCAAGGUCACCAAAAUAAAAAACAAAAAGCUACUACAUGUGACACUGUCAGACGUAGUAGCUGUGCUGUUUAGGACUGAGUUUUAGAACUUGGAUUGUCUAGUGCCAUUACUUUCUUGGUUGUAUUUGUUAAGAUGCACAUAUUUCAAGAUAAUCAAAUGUUACAUUAUUAAAAUACACAAGUCUAAACAGUAGGAACAUUUUAGUUCAUACUGCAUUACUUUUUUUCUUUUGUAAGUUUUUCUCAUCUUUACUGGAUACACCAGUGUAUCCAGCAUUAGUUAUUUCAUGUGUGAUAGAUGUACAGGAUUUUUUUUUUAUUAUAUGGGCAGUAGUAAUCCCACAGUUAGGAGUCAGCUUGCUGGAAUAUGAGUGUUGGAGUACAUAGGUAAUGACUUGCUGGUUGCAGUUAUGGAGUCGUGUUAGAAUACUAAGCUUAAUUAUAAGGGAUGUUGGUAGUUAAAAAAAAAAUUGUGUAAUAUUACCUUGAUUAGAUACGAAAUUCAACAUUGGUGCAGGAAUUAAUUAUUUUUCAGGGCUUCCCCCUUCCCCCCAACAUAAUUUACUAGCUUUUAUAAAUAUCCAUUUGGCAUAAGGAUGCAGCAUUAUAACAUUGAUUUACUAGUCUUAUUGGAGAUGAUCAAUCCAACUAUUUGCCAUUCUAGUGGACUGUUAUUUCUUUGUUUCUAUCGUUGUAUAUUGCCCACAGACCUAGCUGUUCAGUGCAAGAGACUUUUAAUACCAUAUCUAUCGUGUGAAGAGUUUAGCAAGUAGAUAACUUUUUGACAAAUUUAUUACAGUAUUGUAAGUUAUGUAUAUAUAUAUAUCUGUAAAUAAACUAUUAUAAAAUCUUG